AUGGCGCAGAAGCGACUGAUGAGCGAGCUGCAAACACUGCAGAAGGAGAAAUGGGUGCACAUUGACGUCGACGACCGCAAUGUCUUGAUGUGGAAGAUCGGCCUCAUGGUCGUUAACCCCGACAGUGCCUUUAAUGGGGCUUAUCUCAGAGCGGAGAUGACCUUCCCACGCGACUACCCGAUCCAGCCGCCGACCUUCCGCUUCCUCACCCGCUGGAUCUGCCAUCCCAACAUCUACCCCGACGGCAAGCUGUGCAUCUCCAUUCUGCAUACUCCCGGCGAGGACGAACAGUCCGGCGAGCUCGCCUGCGAGAGGUGGACCCCUCUGCAAGGUGUUGAGUCUGUGCUGCGUUCAGUACUGCUACUGCUGGACGACCCCGAGAUUAACUCGCCUGCCAACGUCGAUGCUGGCGUCAUGUACCGUGAUAAGCGCGAGGAGUAUCAGAAAAGGGCCCGCGAGACCGUCGAAAAGUCCAAGAAGGAUAUCCCGGCAGGCGUGAAGUUCCCUACCACAGCGGACUUGGAGCCUGUUCCUCAGAAGCCGUUGGACGAUGACGCAUUCUGGAACGAGACAGACGACGAGGGCGACUUUGACCUGGGAGGCAGCGACAGUGAUAUGGAUAUGGAUGACUUCAACGACGAUGACGAGGAUGACGACGAAGACGAGAAGCCUCAAAAGCCUUGA